AUGGAAGGAGCAGUAAGAGUGAGAAGAGUGAGAAUCAGAGGAGGCCGAGGGAGAGGACGUGGAGGUGAAGAAGCGAGAGGGUUAGAGGAAGUUAGAGGAAGAGGACAAGGAGGAGCAAGAAGAGGACGAGGAGGGGAAAGAGGAAGGGUAAGAAGAGUAAGAAAUAGAAUAACUGAUGACAUCAGAGCUACAAUAGUGGACCAUGUCAUCAACCAUGGGAUGACCCUGAGGGAAGCUGGCCAACGGGUUCAGCCUAAAUUGAGCCGCUACACUGUGGCAAGCACCAUUAGGACAUUUCGAAAUGAGAAUCGAAUUGCUAGACGUCCAGAUGUUGGGGGCAGAGGCAGAAUGUUCACUCCAGAGCAAGAGACCCAUAUAGUGAACAUGGUGAUUGCCAAUAAUGCAAUAAGACUGCGCGAAAUACAGCAGCGCAUAAUUGAUAAUGACACCAUCUUUCAAAAUAUACACAGUGCAAGCAUUUCUGCACUAAGUCGUGUACUUGCGCGCCACAGAAUAAGAAUGAAGCAAAUUUACAGAGUUCCUUUCGAGAGAAACACAGAACGUGUAAAGCAACUGCGAUAUGACUAUGUGCAGGUAAGCCAUAGUGUCAUUGGUUCUGAAUUUGGAAGUGCAUACUGUAGUGCUGUGCAUGGGCCUGAUGUGUUGCAUUUGUUUUGUCUUGUCCAGAGAGUGAUGGAACUAGAAGCAGAUGCCAUGGGACAUGAGCUACUUUUUGUAGAUGAGGCCAGUUUUAACCUCAGUAAAACCAGGAGACGUGGCAGGAACAUUAUUGGACACCGUGCCAUCAUCAAUGUCCCAGGACAACGUGGUGGUAACAUAACCAUGUGUGCAGCUAUAAGCCAAAAUGGUGUUGUUCACCAUCAUGCAACCAUAGGCCCAUACAACACUGCACACAUUAUUGCAUUCCUGGACACCUUACAUGACAUGCUCACUGUUCAGAGACCAGAGCAUACCCGAUAUGUCAUCAUAUGGGACAAUGUUAGUUUCCAUAGGGCUGCUUUGGUCUGCAACUGGUUUACAGACCACCCAUCCUUCAUGGCACUCAACCUCCCUCCAUACUCUCCAUUCUUAAAUCCCAUCGAGGAGUUCUUCUCUGCCUGGCGCUGGAAAGUGUACGACCGUCAUCCUCAUCAACAGGUAGCCCUUUUACAGGCAAUGGAGGAGGCAUGUGGAGAUAUUGACCAGGCAUCAUGUCAGGCCUGGAUACGGCAUUCAAGGAGAUAUUUUCCCUGGUGCCUUGGACUGGAGGAUAUCGCAUGCGAUGUGGACGAAAUUUUGUGGCCGGACCCAGAAAGACGACAUGAUGUAGGCUGA